CUCGGACUCCUGAGUUAUUGUAGUGUCAGUCUGUCAGUUUUCAACAAACCACGGUUAAAAACAAAUUGAUAAUAUUAAUAUCUAAAAAAAUAAUUUUCGUACCAAAUAAUAUAGUAUAUGAGAUUAUUUUUACAAUUUUUUAUUGCAAAAGUCUAAUUAUGUGUGACAUUGUGGUGAUGUAUGAUGGGUAUUCGAAUUUAAAAAAUAAGCAUGAAAUGAAAGCAAAUUGUAGUUGUACACUUAUAAAAGGUUUCCACAAUAUAGUAGUAGACACUAUGACAUCUUGGGAUAGAGAUAAAAUUAUAUUAGCUUUGAAAAAGGAAGAUCUUACAGUAGAUGAUAUAAGUUAUGUCAUAUCCACACACGGACAUUCAGACCAUAUAGGCAAUAAUAAUCUGUUCCUUAAAGCGAAACACAUUGUUGGAUUCAGUGUUUCCUUUAAAGAUGACUAUUACUUGCAUCCCUUUGAUGAAGGAGAAGAAUUUAAAAUUAACAAUAAUGUAAAAGUUAUUCCAACUCCAGGACAUACUCUCACAGAUGUAACAGUUUUAGUAAUUUCUAAUUCCAAAGAAACUGUAGCACUUACAGGUGAUUUAUUUGAAAAGUUUGAAGAUAUAGAAGAUCCUGGUAUAUGGCUUGAUGCAGGUAGUGAAGAUGAGGUUCUACAAAGAAAAAAUAGGUCUAAAGUAGCUCAAUUAGCAGAUUGGAUUGUUCCAGGACAUGGGCCAAAGUUUAAAGUUACAGAUGAAAUUAGGGAAAUUCUUUUAAAACAAAUUCAUAUCCAAUCUUGAUUGAAGUACAUAUGUAAUAGUAUGUAGAGCAACAGUUUCUUUCAAUAUCGGUAAAAAAAAAACUUUUUUCUUUUUAUUUAACUUGUACUUCCGCAAUUAUUGAUAAAUAGCAAAGUCAGUCUUGUCAAUGUCCUAACUGAACAACAGACACUCACCGAACAUUGAAGCAUCUACUCUGAUACUGGCAAUUCCGCAAGGGUACUAAAGCCAAAGAAGAAGAAGAAGAAGAAGAAGAAGAAGAAGUUAAAAGCGGUUAUUUUAAUAUUACAAACAGAUAAUCCAAUUUUAUUUAUUUGUAUAGAUUUUAAAGUUGAAGAAUACUUUUCUGAUAUUUAGUAAAAUGUGCAGGAUUUUUUUUUAAAUUUUGUAUUACAUAAUCUAUACAUAUAAUAAAAUGGUAGGAAAGUCAAAA